AAUUUAGAUGAUGAUCAUUUGAAAUUAUGUUUAAAAUGAAAGUGUGGAUUGUGUUUGUAAUGUUCCCAAUAUUUUGUGAAAGCGCUAAAGUUUUGGGCGUUUUUAAUCAUCCUGGAACAAGCCACACCCUUCUGGGGAAAAUUUUACUAAAAAAGCUAGCUGAAAGAGGACAUGAUGUCGUUAUGAUUAGUUCAUUCCCAAUGGAAGAAAUAGUACCUCGUUAUAAAGAUAUUUUUUUAUUUAGUGCAUUAGAGGAUUUAAAACAAAGACAUGAAAAGAAUAAAAAUAAACACAUGGGUAUAGAAGAGUUGAAAAAUAUGAGUAUGCAACACACUGAAGAAACAUUUAAAAAUCUAGAAGUUCAGAAACUUUUACACUCCAAUGAAAAUUUUGAUUUAAUUAUAAUAGACUGGUUUUAUAACGAAGCCACCUUAAUAUUUGGUCACAUUUAUAAAGCACCUGUAAUUUACAUAUCGUCCUUUGGUAACAUGGCUUUACUUAGUGAUUUUACGGGAAAUGUUUUGCCCUAUUCUUACGUACCGGGUGCUGGUAUUUUUAUAACUGACGAAAUGUCUUUUAAAGAAAGAGUUUUAAUGACACUGUUUAAUCUGGCUAUUAAUACCUUGUUUAUUCCACGAAGAAAAACUGCUCAUUAUGAACUAUUGAAACGUUAUUUUGACAAUCCACCAACAAUUCCAGAGCUUCAAGAAAAUGUAGCACUGGUUUUGAGUAAUUCACAUUUCAGUUUUGAAACAGUACGACCUUACACGCCUAACAUUAUUCCGGUAGGUGGAUUCCAUGUGGAUGAACCAAAAAAUUUACCGGAGAACUUACAAACGUUCCUAGACAGCGCUCCAGAAGGUGUAAUAUUUUUCAGUUUGGGAACACAAAAAUCGUCUUCCAGUUUAAGUAAGGAGGUAUUAACUAACAUAUUGAAGGGAUUAGGAAGGAUAGCACAAACUGUAUUAUGGAAAUAUGAAGCCAGUGAUUUAGUUGACAUUCCUAAAAAUAUCAAAAUUGUAAAGUGGGUACCUCAAGCAGAUGUUUUAGCACAUCCCAAUUUAAAAUUAUUUAUAACUCAUGGCGGAAUGUUAAGUUUGAUCGAGUCUAUUCACUAUCGUGUUCCGAUGAUCUGCAUACCAUUUAGUGGAGAUCAAUUAACCAACGCAGCUUUUAUUGAAUCACGAGAAAUAGGGCUGCAUCUCUCCCCUGACAACAUAACUGAAAAUACUUUAGUCGAUUCAAUUAAGGAAGUUACAACAAAUCCGAAAUAUCAAGAACAAAUUAACUUCCGUUCGACUUUAUUAAGGCAGCAACCCAUGAAACCUCUGGAGACAGCUAUCUACUGGACGGAACACGUUAUAACACACAAACAUGCCAACCAUUUAAAACCAUUUGCCACAAAACUUACCUGGUAUAAAUACUAUUUAAUCGAUGUACUGGUGGUUUUGCUAUGCAGUUUCUUCAUUUUGGUUGCAGUUGUAAUUUUUAUUUCAAAAAUGGUCUUUAAAAAUGUGUACAAAUUAUUUACGACUACAAAAAAGGAAAAAGUGGUCUAA